CAGCUGGGACCUAUAGCUGCACACACACAAUAUAUUUCCACAAAAACUACAAAAUAAAAAGCAUGAUUGCGUCGAGUGAAAAGGCUUAACGGUGGACGGACCGCACUUUUUUAAAGUCAAAUUUACAAAAAUGUCUCCAGCUUCAACCACACGAUGAACCCUUGUGCUGCAAAAAGGUCAAAAGGUCAGAGCUGCCUUCUUGCUCUCCAUCAGCCACCAUAUCUACUGCACCCUGCAGCUUGUGAUGCAUUAAAUAUAGCGCGUGGCCCCGCCUGUACGCUAGGUCACUUGUAAAUCACAAAUAGUUUGCAGACCGACAGAAGGUUUGGGGUGUCGAGUGCGCUAUAAAAGAAGCGGAAAAAGGCAUCACCCGAGGACGGACGCACGGCCCCCUCACUACCUGCUAUAAAUAUUCCCUCCACACCUCCCCUCCUCCACUAAGCUCCUGAAUAGCAUUUGCUGGCAGACGCGAGCUCUCGCCUGUCAUCCUGCGGCAGCUGGGUUUGAAGCCCCUUCGCCGGCAGGCAGCAAACGAGGUCAGCGCCCACGACAAGAACACGAGGAGCCUCUGCCGUCAAGGACGUUCUUCAAUGUGACCAGCAUGGCCGGUUCUGGUGAAAAGAGCGGGACCCCGCCUCGGUUCUUCAGUGGACCCGGUGACGCCGCGCGCUCCACCCGGACCACGACCAUUCGUCUUCGGGACAUUUAUGACCCCGAGCCUCACCUUCCCAAAACUCCGGUCCGGAUCCGACCCCCGGGCCCUCGGACCCCCUCGGUAAAGGAGCUCAACCUAAAGAGCGGCUCGCCCGGCGGCCCUCCGACCAAGACGAUCAUGAGGAGACGAGCUCGCUCCCUGCCUUCGUCGGCGGAGAGAUCCAAAGAUCUCCGGAGCCUGCAGGUGCGCUUCGUGGACUCGCUGGGCCUCGAGUUGGAGGACGUGAAGGUCUUCAAAGUUCAGGAGCGCCCCUCGAUACCCCAACACGUCAUGUUCCGGCUGCUGAUGAGCUCGGAGCUGGCCUUCGGCAAAUCUCUGGAGCUGUCCCUUCCUUACUUCAAACCGUGUUUCCCCGAGAAUGUCGGAGCUCAGCCGGACUUCCUGGAGCGUCUCCGUAAUCAGAGUGUGUGUCUGGAGCAGGUCCAGUGUUCGGAGCAGGGGAUAACGGGCUCCAUACGGGUACUCAACUUAGCCUACGAGAAAGACGUCGCAGUGCACUACUCUUUCACCAACUGGAGGACGCACACGGAGACCGCGGCGCCCUGGGCUUCGAGCGGGCAUGGCGCAGGGUCGCGCGGCGCUCCGGAGACCGACGUCUUCGGAUUCCGUCUGCCCGUCCCCCCUUUCCUCCUGCAGCCAGGGGCCAACUUGGAAUUUGCGAUCUGCUACCACGUGCAAGGACGCCACCACUGGGACAACAACAGCGGACGCAAUUACAAACUGUCGUGCCACAGCUACAAGGUGACGGUGCCGAGGGAGUGCGAGGACAGCAUGCUGCACUUCACCUGAGCGUCCACACGGGGGAGCCGUGACACCCGCACGCACACAAAGGGCACUGUUUAUGUUUCCCUCCACUCAUUACAAGCGGAGGUAAUGGAUACAUUCACUCAUGUGCUCGAAGUUGUACAAUUUUGAGGUAACUUUCCACGUUUUCCACGUCAGCUGAAGAAGUUUAUAAAAAGUAUAUUAUGAAGUAUUUUUUCCAAAAAAAACACAACAAUGUAAAAAGUAGUUCAAGUGAAUCCACUGUGUGCUUCUUACAUGUUUAUGCACAGGUAAUUAAAUAUAUAAAUGUAUAAUAUUCCUUCCGAUCUGCACAGUAAGGAACUCUCAAAGUGUUAAUACCUCUAAUAUAUUUAUAUUAAAUGAUAUUUCUGCACUACAUCACAUUUUGAAUGCAGCGGUUUUACUUUAAAGUAUUACAGUGUGGUAUUACUACUUUUACUGAAAUAAAGAAUCUAAAUACAUCCUCCCCCUCAGAGUAGAAGCUGCUAUGCACAUUGCUCUAGUCUAGAGAGAACCUACAAAUAAUAACAUGUUUAAAGAUUUGGAAAACACUGGAGGCAAGAAUGUAGUUUUAAAGCGGUAAAUAAAAUAAACAGGUCUUGCUAGUGUAUCUACCAGUAGAAGGGGGAACGACACAGAAUCGUGAAAGGACAUUCUGACAUUUGAGAUGAGUCAGCUUCGCUAGAUUUGUAGUUCAUCCUUAAAUAGUUAUGCCAUCAGUGUAGAAACAUACGUCCACAACGUUGGGGACGCCUCUGCGGAGGACGAGCUAUCUGGACUUUUUGUCCCAUAUGAUGGGCACAGCUCCAAAAACACUGGAUCCUACACAUUUCCCAUAAUGCAGCUCAAAGGCACACCACCAGCAGCAGCUGCAGCAGCACCUCUUGUUUAGGAGUAUAGCUCUCAUGAUUAUAUACUUUGGAGUCGCUUAAUAAAACCCAUUCCGGUCCGAGUCACGGAGGGAUUCCUGCCCGGCACCACCUCUGACAACCGGCUCACUUUGCACUGCGGCGAGUCUGGUGGCCCAAUUUAAUGAUGGACAGCGAGCCAUUAUCGUUUAUGUCAACACCAUCACCGUGUCUCCUCUCUGCUUGGACCAGCGGGGCUUGACCCCAUUCUUCUGGAGCUUGUUUGUUUUUUGGGAGGAUUACAGGGAGUCAUGUUCGCCUUGUUGCACCGUGACCACGCCCCCUCGAUCCCCGACAGCCUUGACCUUUCACCAAAAAGUUUCCACUGACCCCAGAGGCCGGAUUCUAUUCCGUCACUGUGCAGCUGCAUGGAGGCAAAUGCACUUAUAGGACGAGCCACGCUUUUCAUUAUCACAGAUACACACCUCAUUAUUAUGUUAAGUAUACGAUUAAUAAUACAAUAUAAUAAUAAUAAAUAAAUGCCAAUAUAAAUGGAAAUGAAGGGAUUGCUCAUUGACGGCUCAGUCCAUGAAGAAAAUGAAUAAAGGCCGCUCCUUAAACUGUUACACUGGUCUUUAUAUAAGACAAAAGUUAUUGUUCAGUUAUUUUAUAUGAUUACUGGUUUGUUUACCUUUGUAAUAAUAGUAACACAGGUCCUGAUUUGAAUCUGCUGACAAACAAAUGACCACAAAAAGUGGAUUUACAUUUUUAAGUCCAACUCCCUUAUGGUCACCAAUGAAUGUGACCAGAAGUUCCCAUUAUUUGUUAAACAUGGGUAUUGAAGUGCUCCUCUGCAGCAGCAGCCAUGGGGCACUAGAUGGCCCCAUUGCUUAAACAUAAAACCCUCAUGGCCCAUAAAUACAGUGAAUGUCAAGGUGUGUUUUGAUUAAUCCGCCAUGUAAGGAAGUCAAAUACACUCUCAUUACGAGUGAAAUACCCGCUUUCAAAAUCUACAUCAAUAUAUGUAAAAAGAUGUAUACAACUGAAGUAUUUGUCGUUAUGCAAGAGGCCACCAUAGGAGGAGGCAUCGUGUUGCUCAAUAGGGAUGUUUUUUUCUCCAGGGGAGUGGCCGGGAUUGAAAAAGGUAAUGCAUUACGAUUAAGAGUUAUCAAGUUUAUAACAUCAUUAUUAGCCCCGAGUCAUUUAGGAAUAGAAGAAGCGCGUCACCGUGUAAUAUUUGUGCAGUUAGUCAGCACAGCUGAUUUCAUCAUGUGAGUAUUAAAUUAGUAUGAGCAACAUAUUGUUCAAUGUCAUCACAGCAACAUAACAGCAAUCGAUACCCUACAGACUAAUCCUAUGAAUAAACUGACAACGUGAA